AUGGAUUCAUAAUAGAAUGGAAACGUAAUCGAUCAUGUCUUUAAAAUAAUUUUACUUGGUAAUUCUAUGAUUUACCAUAGGUAGCUCUGCUGUUGGAAAAUCAUAGAUUUUAUUGAGAUUUACAAAAGAUUAAUUCAAUCUAUCUACUAAUAAUACAAUAGGUGUAGAAUUUAGUGCAAAAGUCUUGGAAAUUGAUAAUAAAAAAAUAAGAGUUUAAGUUUGGGAUACAGCAGGAUAAGAGAAAUAUAAGGCUAUUGCAAAAGCAUAUUACAAAGGAGCAGUUGGUGCUUUCCUAGUCUAUGAUAUUACAAAUAAAAGUUCAUACCUAGAGGUUGAUAGAUGGUUGUUAGAAAUUAAAGAAUAUUCUGAUUAAUAAAAUCUUGUUCUAAUGCUUAUUGGAAAUAAGGUAUUUUUAAAUUAGAACAAUCCUAGAAUGACAUAGAAACAGAAAGAAAGGUGAGUAAGGAGGAAGCUAUCAAAUAUGCUCAAUCUAAAAAAAUGGGAUUCUUAGAAACAUCAGCAUUAACUGGACAUAAUAUUGAAUUUGCAUUUAAAUAAAUAACUGAAGGUCUAACUUCUUUCUAAUAUAGAAAUUUUAAGAAAUAUAUAAGAAACUCAAGAUGAUGAUGAUGAAUUCCAAUAAACAGCAGCAUAAUACUCUAAAAAAAAGGGACAAAAUUCAAAUGCUUCAUUCUUAAAAGCUGCAGAUCACUAAAUUAAAAAAAAUAAUCAGAAUUCUUCAGGAAGUUGUUGUUGA